AGACUAGUGUAAUUGUAAUCCAAAUCGUAGGUGCAUGACAGUUUCCGCAAAUGUCUAUUUGUACCUAUAUCAUAAUUACAUAAAUGACACACUUUGAAUUUGUUAUUCGACAGUAGCCGGACAUUAAAUAUGCGACCACAUACACAUGUUUUGUUUGUCAGCUUUCUCCUUCGCAUAUGUGGGGGAUCAUUGGAUUUCAAAGUAGUGGACCUUACACACGAUCACAGCAAUACAACAAUAUACUGGCCCGGAUCUCCAGAAUACAACUUUACAAUUCUAGAUCGUGGGAAUACGACCGGCGGCUAUUGGUAUGAAAGUAACUACAUUGGUACCGCAGAACAUGGUGGAACACAUUUGGAUUCACCUGCACAUUUUUACAAAGACAGAUUACGAACACACAACAUUCCGAUAGAAAAUCUUGUCGGUCCGGGAGUAAUUAUUAAUGUUAAGAAUAAAGCUGCGGAGAAAGCCGAUUAUCAGGUAUCUAUUGCUGAUCUUAAACAAUGGGAAAGCAUGUACAAGCAGAUUCCAGAAAAAGCGAUUGUCAUUAUGAAUUCAGGUUGGCACGAGCGCUAUCCGAACGCAUCCCUUGUCUUCAAUACAGACAGUCCCACCGAUUCAAGUACAUUUCUUUUCCCCUCCUGGCAUGAAAAAACCAUCGAAUGGCUUAUUAGUGAACGUUCAGUAAACGUCGUUGGUGUAGACACACCGUCAAAUGACCUUGGACAAUCUGAAACAUUUCCAGUUCAUAUUCUCUUAGGUCAAGCCAAUAUUCCCGGUGCAGAAAAUGUUGCAAAUCUGGAUGCUAUUCCAGAAGCAGGGAGUAUUAUUUUUGUAGCCGUGACCAAGAUAUACGAUGGAAGCGGAGGUCCUGCAAGAAUAUUUGCAACUGUUCCCAUCAAGGAUACGAGUUCUGGAUGUUCACACGGUCUUAGUUUUGUAUUGUUAAUGUGCGCCUUGUGCAUUUUUAUCCAAAUCUUUUGAGCAACUAAAGUGAAUUGUUAUUCAAAGCAAGUUUUCGUACUUUAAUUAGUUUUCGUUAAAUAGGCAGCAGUUCAGUAUAAAUGACUGCAAAUUGAGUAAAAGGACGUCUGAUUCUAUUUAUAUGUUUCAAUAAAAACAGUCAAAUUUCUACUUGCUAAAAUUGUCCCUCGCACAAAAAAUUCUACCUAAAUAUUUGUUAAAGGCAGACUAGAAAGUUUUAGAAAGUCGAAAUCUAAAAACAUCAGAUAACAUACAAAAAAUAAAAUUUUCCCCGAAGUUAUACAUUUUCAGGAUACAAACGUAAAGUCUGUCGCAAAGAGUGUUUGAAAAAAAUUUAAGGGACUUCAAGAACGAUGUGUUUGACUUCUAUUUUUAUAAUACAUUUUCACAAAUAAGAUAAUUAGUGUGUUUGAAUUUUACUUUCAUGGUGUGUCAAAGAAAUACAAAUGAAUUUACGAAAACGAAGUGCACAUUAUAUUUUAAAAAUGAUAUCAUCACAAUGUUAUUUUCUUAUGCAAACUGUUUUAAUUACUCAUAACAAAGAUAUUUCAACUGACCUAUAUAAUUGGAUUUCUAAAUUUUUAAUGUUAUUAUAUCAACAUUUAACUUUAGAAUACAAAAAUAAUGGAAUCUAAAGCGAAAUGUUAUAUCAUUUGUUUUUGUUUUAUACAUAAAAAGGACAAAGCAGUGGACUCAAACACGUUUGCAUGUAACUAGUGUUCUUUCUCUUGACAAUAAGGUUGCUACCAAUUUUGACAGGAAUGUAAGUUAAUGCUUUUAACAGAUCAAUUUUUUUUAUCUUUAAGUGGAAUUCUUUCAACGGAAAUUAUUGAUAUGCAUCUUCAAGAAUAAAAACUCAGUAAAA